AUGGCUCCCAUUAACGUCCUCAUGGUCGGAACCGGAGAGUACACCACCGGUUUCGUAGGCGGUACCUCUUCCAAAUCCGACAAAAAAGUCGGCGUCGUCGGCCUCACGCUCUUCGACCUCCGCCGACGAGGCAAAGUCGGCCAGCUCUCCAUGGUCGGCGUAUCAGGCAACAAAUUUCCCGCCAUCCGCGACCAUCUGCACAAGAAUAUCACUCAAGCCUACAAUGGGCUGGACACUUCCUUUACCUCUUUUCCGGCGGACGACACCCGCGAUCCGGAUGCGUAUAAGGCCGCCAUCGAUGCUCUCAGUCCGGGCGAUGCUAUUACCAUUUUCACGCCUGAUCCGACGCAUUAUCCUAUAGCUCUGUACGCCAUUCAAAGAAAGAUCCACGUGAUGAUCACCAAGCCUGCCGUGAAGCUGCUCUCUGAGCACCAGCAUUUACUUUCCGAAGCCCGCGCACAUGGAGUUUUCGUGUACAUCGAGCAUCACAAACGUUUCGACCCGGCCUACGCGGAUGCCCGAAAUCGUGCCGUGCGAGGGGAUCUCGGCGAGUUCAACUACUUCUACUCGUACAUGUCCCAACCCAAGUCGCAAUUGGAGACAUUCAAAGCUUGGGCAGGCAAAGACAGUGACAUUUCCUAUUAUUUGAACUCUCACCACGUCGACGUAUGCGAGAGCAUGGUCCCCUCCUGGCGUCCCCUGAAAGUCACAGCCAGCGCCUCCACCGGCGUAGCCACCGACUUGGGCUGCGUAGCAGAGACGGAAGACACCAUCACCCUGCUAGUCGACUGGGUGAAAAAGGACGGUGGCGAAGGCAGGAGGGCGACGGGCGUGUACACGGCGAGUUGGACGGCGCCGCAGAACGCGGGCGUGCAUUCGAAUCAGUACUUUCAUUGGAUGGGCAGUAAAGGCGAGGUGAGAGUCAAUCAGGCGAAGAGAGGGUAUGAGGUCACGGAAGAUGAGAGUGGGUUGACGCACUAUAAUCCGUUUUAUAUGAAAUACGCGCCGGACGAGGAGGGAAAUUUUGCAGGCCAGUCGGGGUAUGGCUACAUCUCAUUUGAGAAAUUCCUCGAUGCGAUCGAGGCGCUUAAGAAUGGGAAGGCGACGUUGGACGAUCUUGAUAAAAGAGGUCUGCCGACGCUGAAGAACACGAUAGCGACAGGAGCAAUCCUCGAGGCUGGGAGGAGAAGUCUGGAUGAGGGUGGACGGGGAGUAGAGAUCGUGGUCGGUGCGGAUGGAGUGUGGACUUUGAAGUGA